UUCAAAGCGAAUAGACGAAUAGAAGGAGAUUAGUGGGUGAAAAUAACACGUUUACCUACGAACUACGAAUACACUGUAUAAUAAUAUUACGAAUUUGUGAGUUUCUGGACAAAGAAUAAGUAAUAAUAAAAUGCCAGCUAUCGGAAUUGAUUUGGGAACGACAUACUCGUGCGUCGGUGUUUGGCAACAUGGCAACGUGGAAAUCAUCGCCAACGACCAGGGAAACCGCACCACGCCGUCCUACGUUGCUUUCACAGACACGGAACGACUGAUCGGGGAUGCAGCGAAAAACCAGGUAGCCUUGAACCCCAGCAAUACGGUGUUCGACGCGAAGCGGCUCAUCGGCCGUAAAUUCGACGACCCCAAGAUCCAGCAGGACAUGAAACAUUGGCCCUUCAAGGUGAUCAACGACUGCGGAAAACCAAAGAUUCAAGUGGAAUUCAAGGGUGAGCCGAAAAGAUUCGCACCGGAGGAAAUCAGUAGCAUGGUUCUCACCAAGAUGAAGGAGACUGCGGAAGCGUACUUAGGAACGUCAGUGCGCGACGCCGUGAUCACAGUGCCGGCUUACUUCAACGACUCUCAGCGCCAGGCCACUAAAGAUGCCGGGGCUAUUGCCGGCCUGAACGUGCUACGCAUUAUCAACGAACCAACGGCGGCCGCGCUUGCUUACGGCCUCGACAAGAACCUCAAAGGCGAGCGCAAUGUGCUCAUAUUCGACCUCGGCGGCGGCACUUUCGACGUGUCCAUCCUGACGAUCGACGAGGGCUCGCUGUUCGAGGUGAAGGCGACCGCCGGCGACACGCAUCUCGGCGGCGAAGACUUCGACAACCGACUGGUGAACCACCUCGCAGACGAAUUCAAGCGCAAGUACAAGAAGGACUUGAGGAUGAACCCGCGCGCGCUGCGGCGCCUGCGCACCGCCGCCGAGCGCGCCAAGCGCACGCUGUCCUCCAGCACCGAGGCCACUAUAGAGAUCGACGCUCUGUACGAAGGUAUCGACUUCUACACCCGAGUGUCCCGCGCCCGCUUCGAGGAGCUGUGCUCAGACUUGUUCCGCGGUACGCUCGAGCCCGUGGAGAAGGCUCUCCGCGACGCCAAGUUGGACAAGAGCCAAAUCCAUGACGUGGUUCUCGUGGGCGGCUCCACGCGCAUCCCCAAGAUUCAGAGCCUGCUGCAGGGCCUGUUCUGCGGCAAAAAGCUGAACCUGUCCAUAAACCCGGACGAGGCGGUGGCGUACGGCGCGGCGGUGCAGGCCGCCAUCCUGAGUGGCUCCACCGACACCCGCAUCCAGGAUGUUCUGCUCGUAGACGUGGCGCCUCUGUCGCUAGGCAUCGAAACGGCCGGCGGCGUCAUGACCAAGAUCAUCGAACGCAACUCCAAGAUCCCGUGCAAGCAAUCGCAGACAUUUACCACGUACUCUGACAACCAGCCCGCCGUCACCAUCCAGGUGUACGAGGGCGAGCGCGCCAUGACCAAAGACAACAACCUGCUGGGCACGUUCGACCUGACCGGCAUCCCGCCGGCGCCGCGCGGCGUGCCCAAGAUCGACGUGACCUUCGACAUGGACGCGAACGGCAUCCUCAACGUGUCUGCUAAGGAGAACAGCACGGGCCGCAGCAAGAACAUCGUGAUCAAGAACGACCGCGGGCGGCUGUCGCAGGCGGAGAUCGACCGCAUGUUGGCGGACGCCGAGCGGUACAAGGACGAGGAUGAGAAACAGAGACAGCGCGUAGCGGCUCGCAACCAGUUGGAGUCGUACGUGUUCAGCGUGAAGCAGGCCCUGGACGAGGCCGGGGAGCGCCUGAGCGAGGACGACAAGCGUUCGGCGCGCGACGCCUGUGACGAGGCGCUGCGGUGGCUCGACAACAACUCCCUCGCCGAGCAGGACGAGUACGAGCACCGGCUGAAGGAGCUGCAGCGGGUCUGCUCGCCCAUCAUGACUAAGAUGCACGGCGGCGGCGCGGGCGCCGGAAUGCCGGGAGGAAUGCCGGGCGGCAUGCCCGGGGGAAUGCCGGGCGGUAUGCCCGGAGGGAUGCCGGGAGGAAUGCCCGGAGGGAUGCCGGGAGGAAUGCCCGGAGGAAUGCCCGGAGGGAUGCCAGGGUACCAACAGUACCAAAACCAAGGAGGACAAUACGGUGGCCCAACUGUUGAAGAAGUUGAUUAAAGUGAUCAAGUUUCUCUAGUCCUUGUAAUUGAUUAGAUAGGUGUACCAAA